AUGUUUCGCACUGUCCCUCGUAUGGCUGGAUUCGUGUUCCGCGAGAACCGUGUCCCUUACUACCAGCGCCUAUUCCAGCAGCACGAUGGCCAGCGUCAGUGGUGGCAGACCAAGCGCAGUAAAUACGUCCUGUACCCCUACCUUAUCUCCGUCUACGGCAUGGGUAUUGCUACUACCUAUGCCAUGUGCCGUAUGGUUUUGGGCCACAAGACCUGGUUCGGCAAGAACUAG